GUGGAUACGCGCAUGACCCAGCACACAUUACUGUAUUACUGUACACGGCCGCGGAGAUAUUAUCUGUAUAAAAAAUAGAAAUAAUUCAGAGCAGGGGCUGCAAGCGUGGCUACUGACCGUGACGACUGUCCGUCUGCAUCAGAUCCGGCUCGCGGGACAGCAGGUGUGAUUGCCAUGUAACAUCAAAAGGCACGCAGCAAAGGGUACAGCCUGACCCCACGUGGGUGACCCGGGCCGCCCGGCCACUUGUGUUGGGUGACUCCAACAUUCCAGGCAUGGAGACAUCCAGUGGGUCUCGGCUGGGGAAGCUGUCCUCAGGUAUGACUAAGAGUCGGCCCUCAAAGCAGUCGCACCCACAGGAAACAUUCAGGAUGGUGGAGGCUGAGGACAGCAAACAUGGUUCUCCCUGUAAUGAGAAGACUGAGGGAAAGAAGAAAGGAAGGCCUCGAGUGGAAGUGCAGGAGCUUCGGACCAUCCCCGCUGCCAUGAUGAUUCAGUGGAAGGAGGAGUUCAAGAGUCGCUCCAGAGUCAAGUGUCCCUGCUCGGGCUGCUGGUUGGAGUUUCCCAGCAUCUACGGGCUCAAGUACCACUACCAGCGCUGCCAAGGGGCGACCAUAGCGGAGAAACUGAGCCACAGGUGCCAGUACUGUGAAGCUGUCUUCGCCUCCAAAGUCCGGCUGCAGAAGCACAAGCUGUGGAACCACCCCGACCGGCUCUCACAGGAGCCCACAGCCGAGCCCAAACUGCAGAAGGCGCCCGUCAAGGGGAGCGCCAAGAAAAGGUCUGCGGAGACCGCGGCCCAGGCGCCUCUGGUGUGCAAAGUGAAGAGGACACAGGAAGUGGCCACGCCCUCCCAGAACGGAGAGUGCGCCUCGCAGAAGGUGGACAGGAAGCAGCAAGCGGCGCAGUACGCGGCCCAGCUCGCCGCCCAGCAGAGCACGUCCUCCGAGGCCUCGCCCAGGACGCCCGGGGGCAGUGACAGCGAGGGCAGCAGCGUCCCUCCCACCUUCCCCGAGGAGGACCCCGAGAGAACAAGGCACAGGAGGAAACAGAAAACGCCAAAGAAGUUUACCGGGGAGCAGCCCUCUAUCUCCGGGACGUUCGGAUUGAAAGGAAUGAACAAAGUGGAAGAGAAGCUAAAGUCUGGAAGGACUAAGAAAGCGGACGGAAAUGUUUUUAGUGAGGAGCCCAUGAGAAAACUCCAGACUCCAGCCGUGAAGAAAGACCUGACCUCUCCGUGCUCUGGGAGCCCAGAGACGCAGUGGCAGCACGCCAUCACUGAGAGGGGAGAGGUUGUGUGCCCCAACUGCUCCCUCAUUACCAGGAAGACAGUGCUAGGGCUGAAGAAACACAUGGAGAUCUGCCAGAAGCUCCAGGAUGCUCUGAAAUGCCAGCAGUGCCAGAAGCAAUUCAGGUCCAAGGCGGGGCUAAACUACCACACUAUGGCAGAGCACAAUAACAAGGUAUCAUCAGCUUGUCCCUCAGGGAGUGACGGACAGGCAGGGAACGGACAGGAGGAGCGCGAGAGACUGCGGAGAGUGCUCAAACAGAUGGGCAAGCUCAAGUGUCCCAAUGAGGGCUGCUCUGCACACUUCUCCAGCCUCAUGGGUUACCAGUACCACCAGAAGCGCUGUGGCAAGGAGCUGUCUGAAGCCGACAAGCCCACCUUCAAGUGCCAGCACUGCGGUAAAACCUACAAGUCCAAAGCCGGCCUUGACUACCACUUGAGAUCGGAGCACGCUGCUGACACCGUGACCCUCAGUACGGCAAAAAAGGAAGAAACAUAUCAGGUGGCGAAGAAAUCCCAAGCUUUACUAGAGAAAUUGGAGGCAGAGGAGCAGCAGGAGAAGGAGAGGGAGCAGGAGGAGGUGGAAGGGGAGGUCUUCAUGGAGGACUUUGAGAGGACACCCAGCGGGAGGGUCAGGCGGCGCUCUGCCCAGGUGGCUGUUUUCCACCUGCAGGAGAUUGCUGAGGACGAACUGGCCAGGGACUGGGGAAACAAGCGCCGCAUGAAGGACGACCUUGUCCCCGACACCAAAAGACUCAACUACACUCGCCCAGGGCUUCCAACAUUUAACCCCAAAACGCUGGAAAACUGGAAGAAUGAAGUCAAAGAGAAAGGCUUCAUCUGUUGCCCCAACUGUAGCUGUGAAGCUGUCUACUCAAGUGUUUCAGGACUUAAGGCUCAUUUGGCAAACUGUAACAAGGGUGGGGGCGCUGUGGGGAAGUACAGGUGCUUGCUGUGUCAGAAGGAGUUCAGCUCAGAGAGUGGUGUGAAGUACCACAUCAGCAAGACACACUCUCAGAACUGGUUUCGUGCCACCAGCCACAUGGCACCCAAAAGCAAGAGGAAAGAGCCGCAGAAUGGCUUACAGACAGACCUGAAGAACAUCACGGCUGGGAAGAAGAGAGGCCGGAAGCCCAAAGAGCGGCCCCCAGAAGAGAGUCCGAGGAUCAAGGAGGGGUCCGUUCGGUCAGAGACUCAGAGCACUGCACAUGCCUCGGCCCCCACACCCCCGGCCCUAAACAGAGACAUAGUCCUCCCCACCAAGAAAAGGGGCAAGCCCAAGAAGAUGCCAGCCAAUGAGUGAUUCAUCUGUGCAAGAAAGACCCAGACGCUUUCAACGUUAUACCCAUAAAAAAUAGAACAGUAAUAACAAUAAUAAAAUUAUAAUGAUAAUAAUGAAGCAUUUUGCUUAGAAGUGAAGGAAUAUUUUAGGAGUAAAUUAAAGAAGCUAAGACAACAGAAAUUUAAAGCUAUUUGUUCUUGUAUUUAAUUUCAAACUGACCUUGUGUUUUUAAACCUAAUCUAUAUGAAUAUAUACAGUAUAUGUGUCUGCUGGUAUAUACUGAUAUAUAGUACUCUCUUUUUCCCAUCCAUUCCAUUUUUAGACCUUAUUUUAAAUAUAAGCUUCACAUAAGGGAUUCAUUGUAAUCAAAGUGGAAAAAUCCCUCUUUAUAUGAAUUUUUUUAAACAAAAGUAAUAUUUAAAUCAAUUUUGCAUAGUUAUCUCUACGUGUGCGUAGUUUCAUGUUGUGUUUGAGAGGUUAUAAAAGGAUCUAAAAGUUAUUCAAUUAGCAUGGUGAGCUAAUUUACUAGUGUUUUUAUCACAGUUAUAGUGUACUGUGUAUAUAUACAAUAUACAUGCAUAUAUAUUCAAAGCAAUGAAUUUGUCCAUCAUUUUCAAGGCAGGAAGUUAAAAAUAUUUAAUCUAAUUUUUUUUAUUCACAAAUCUUAUUUGUUUUCAGUUUGGUGUAUCCCUCUUGUUGAUUGUGGCAGCUGAAUAUUGAAACGUGUUGUCUUCAGAGAUAGCAAGAUAGCUUUUGGAACAGUUUGCUACGGUGCAAUAUUGUAUUAUUUUAUGUUGUUUUCAUUCUUUUUGUUUAAUGUUACAGUCUUUGUUGUUCAACCAGCACAAAAUAUGGGCAGACCAAUCUAUUAUCCAUUUCUGAAAAGCCUUCUUGUAUCUCUGAGCAGUAGUUUAGUAGUUGUAGCUUGGACUGGCAUGGUAAGGUGUUUUGUUAAGUUUAAAUCUAGCAACUGCACAGAGAAGGUAUGAAUAGUACUGAUUUUGUCAGGCUAUGUUUUAAUUUUUCUUGAGCAACAUGCAUAUUGUUACCUUGGGGGUAAAAUUGGAGAGCCAGGCAGGUGAUGCCAAAUGAAUGCCUUUGGGUAUUUAUUUGGCAGGAGAAGCGAAAGUAAGCGAAAGUAAAUCAUCUAUGAAUACUGCAGUCAGAGUAGUUAAAAGCAAUUAAAUUAUUGUUUUGGGAACCAUGUAACAUUGGGAAAAGCUACUGAAAACUGUGUGCUCCAUGUAUAAUCUUAUUCUGUGUUGUUUUCUGUUAUUCCAUUUGAUAGCAUUUUAUAAUGAUCCCUCAAACCAUCAUCUGUCAGUCAUUUAUAUAUAUUGCCCCAAGAACAACAUUUACACAGAUGAUGUAUAUACCUAUCUUCUUACCAACCGCUUUCAAAUUUGAUUAUGGUCAUUUGUUUUGUUACUUCUGGUGCAAUUGACCCUUUCAAGUAGUAUAAGAAAGUUGCAAGGACUGCAAGCUUAACCUCGGUGACUAUAUGCAAAAUAAUUACUGAAUUACAGUUUUGUACUGUAUAUAAAGUUACAAAGUUGCAGCACUGCAGCACAAUCAGUAGUAGCUACCAUUUAAAACUUGAAGUUCAAGUUUGCUUUCGCUCACAGAAAGCUAGAAUCACUUGCUUUGCAUUAACAAAGAAUAGAUGUUCAAAGCCCUCCUAACAGUAAAAUAUAUAUAUAGUGAAAGGCGACCCUGCAAAUAUUGAUUCUGUCUUCUCUUAAAGGCUCGCCACUUCCUCUUUGUAGUAAAAUCCUCUUGCCUUGCACUUUAAAACACCCUUUUUAUCUUGCACUUCACAAACACUGUCUUCACCUUAACCUUUAUCCCUGGUGAGGUGUGCACAUAGAUGUUGCAUCAACAUGACAGUGAAGCAGCUUCAAGUUCAGGAACAGUUACUAUUUGGUCUCAGUUUCUAAACAGUGUGACAAAAGCUGUAUGAAAGGGGUUGAUCUACUGCACAGCAGUUAGCCAUAGUAACGAAUUAGAGACCAGUAGAAACUUUAAGACCGUACUACUUUUGUAUUACAGGUUAAAGAAAGUUUUUUUUAAAUAAAUGGUGUGUAAUGUAUCACAAAGUAUCAGAGUGUAUAUCACAACCAGUCCGUGACAUGAGAGAUGACUGGGGCAUAAUGUGAGGCAAAUUAAUAUGUAAAGAAGGUACUUUAAAUAAAAAUAACUUUUAAUAUCCAGUAGCUUGGUUACACAUCUCAGCAUUGCAAAGAAUGAAAUCAUUAUUGAUUACAUAAUUUAUAUAUAAGAAAGUUUAGAAAGCCUGUUCAAACUGGCAUAUGCACAUUUAUUUUAUGAUCCCUUGUAAAUAUGAUCUAUUAGAAAUCAAGUAGUAUCUGGGGUGGAAUAGGAAAAAGGAACAUAUACAGUACACUAAUAUCAUGCGUUGAACAUAAGGCGUUCUGAUUGCCAUCCGACUAUAAUAGACAUUUCAAUAGGCCUGUUCAACUUAAUAUAAUCCCGUCUUUUCUGAACUUGAAUUGCAACAUGUGACUGCAUGUUGAUCCACGACACGUUCUUGCUGCAACCACUCAUGUAGCCUUGUAAUAUUAAUUGUUGUGUAAUUAGUUUGACAGGAUUUAGAAUCAUCCAUGUUUCAAUCUGAUUUCCUAACUGACAAUGUCAUAGCAGUCACACAACACUUAUAUUUUUGUCCCUAAGUAUAAAUGUUGUUUUGAGUAGAUUACUGCAACCUGUGUAAGAGUAGACGAUCUAAAAAACUCCAUUUGAAAUGCAUUGUGGGAAUUGGAUGUAUUUUGAAGGUCUGGCAGGUAGUAAGUCCCUAGUGUCCGUAAUCAUUUGUAUGCUUUUACAACUCAAUUGUAUUCAGGCAGGCAAAUGGGCUGACUGAAAUAUGUGGUGUUGUGCUCUGUCGCACUGAUGGUGUGAUUCUAGCUGUUCUCUCUUGUCUGAAAAUAGGCCUGCACUGAUUCUGGAAUCAUGAGCAGAGAACAUACAGUAUAUCUUGAUUUUUCAUAGCAGUUUAACUCUGCUGUUUUUGUUUGUUUGUAUUUUGUGGGUUUGAUUCCUCGUUGAGCAUCUUUAUUCUUUCCAAUAUUGUUCUCUAUUGUUUCUCUAUUUAUUUUUUUCAUAUCACUGAAUUGUGUAUUAAUGAUAAGCUUUGGUGUCACACUAUGAUUAUGAUUGUGUAUCACUGUUUUAUACACAGAAGUGGAUUGAUCCUGCCCUAAGUAAUGUGUCUUCCUAGACUAUGUGGCAUACACAUAUUCAGCAGUUGGAGCUUUAAGGCUGUGUUAAACUAUUUUGAGAUUACAGCAAUAUACCACACUGUGUCAACCUUAAGUGGCAUCAGAGAGCACGGCUCUGUUGCACCUAUUAUGGUUUUUCCUGCUCUUCUCAUUUACAGUUUCUUUCCAUUUUCAUUCUCAUUUAACCUUCAGUACAUUCUUCAUAUACUGUUGCUGGAUUUUAACUUCAGUUGCUAGUCUUGUCAUACACUGUUAUUUUAACAACCGUUUGAAUGCACAUUGAAAUUUCCUUUUGUUAAAAUGGAAAAUAAAUGAGAAGAGGUUUCUGUGAGCAUAAUGUUGCAUCUUUAGUGCACUUACUAUCCCAUGAAAUAAGCUUGAAUUUGAGUGGUGAUGAGCCCCUGGUGAUCUGGGCUAUGUAAUGUUUUUUUAUCUGGGGAAUUGUUACAAUGAGGUGCCCUCUGUUUUGCCUCAUUUUUCUUGGUGGUUCUGAUUUUGAACCCUAAAAAUUUUGCCUUUCUUGCAGAAAAUAUAAAAUAAAUAAAAAUAAUAAAAAAGAGAAAAACUCAACCUCAGCAGGCUUCAGGUGACAACUAAUUUGAAACAAUAAAAAUAAUGCUGUAAUCAUUAGGUUUAGAAACCAACCCAACAGAAAAAUGUUCUGGUCAUAUUAAAAUUGUUAGCUUAUUUCCAGGAGUCUAGUGAAUAGCAAGCUAAUAAACUGAAAUGGUGUAUUGAGUUUAUUUCUCUGUUGCAGUUAUUCGUAGCUGAGGCUACUGAAUGAGGGAGAUGCAGCACCUUUGCUUAAUCUAAACUGUUACAAUUUUACAAAUUGUUGUAUUAACUGUGCAUUAUUACCCUUCAUCUAAUUAAUAAAAAUGUUGUUGACUAA